GCGGGCUCCACCCACCGGCCAGGUCUCAGCCCCUUCUCGACGCUCGGCUCUUUGGCUGAGAAAAGAAGCACCGGCGGGAAAGAGGAGCGCGAGGCCCGGCGUCCAGGCCUCACCCGUGGCGAAGGGGAGAUGUCGGACCUCGGGGACUGGUUCCGGACCAUCCCGCUUAUUACCCGCUACUGGUUUGCAGCUGCCAUCGCGGUGCCCCUCUUCGGCAAGCUAGGCCUGAUCAGCCCCGUUUACCUCUUCCUGUGGCCGGACGCCUUCAUCAACCGCUUCCAGAUCUGGAGGCCAAUAACUGCCACAUUUUAUUUCCCUGUUGGCCCAGGGACAGGCUUUCUAUACCUGGUGAAUCUCUAUUUUUUGUAUCAGUAUUCAUCACGUCUGGAAACAGGUGCUUUCAAUGGAAGGCCUGCCGACUACAUGUUCAUGCUGCUGUUUAACUGGAUUUGCAUAGUUAUUACUGGCUUAGCAAUGAAUAUGCAAUUGCUGAUGAUCCCCCUGAUCAUGUCUGUACUUUAUGUUUGGGCCCAGCUGAACAGAGACAUGAUUGUGUCGUUUUGGUUUGGGACUCGGUUUAAGGCAUGCUAUCUGCCAUGGGUUAUCCUGGGAUUCAACUAUAUCAUUGGAGGCUCCAUCAUCAAUGAAUUGAUCGGCAACUUGGUUGGUCAUCUGUAUUUUUUCUUAAUGUUUAAAUACCCAAUGGAUUUGGGAGGAAGAAAUUUUCUGUCAACACCUCAGUUUCUGUACAAAUGGCUGCCCAACAGAAGGGGAGGGGUAUCUGGAUUCGGGGUUCCUCCUGCCAGUAUGCGAAGACCCGCAGAUAAUCGCCAGGGAGACACACGACACAACUGGGGCCAGGGCUUCCGGCUGGGUGAUCAAUGAAACAAACCAACAAAAACUUUCUGCUUUUUUUUUUCCCUUCCUUUUUUUCUGUGAGGAACAUCUUCGACAACACAUGGGAAUGUUUCUUGCUGUGGAGGGUAUCCUGAGGAGCAGGUUUGCUCUAGUGUUGUUGGUUCUUCUGACCCAUUACGAAUUCUUGUUUGUUCCUGGUGGAAGACAACACGACUGAAGAGACAAUUUAAGAUUUUAUUCCAGGCCAUUAACUUCUUUAAUUCACUGCUGCCAUUAAAAGAAAAAAGAAUGAUACAUUUUUUUAAAGGGUGUACUUUCUAUAACCCCUCUCUCACGGGAGUUCAUGUUCCUCAGUUGAUCUUGUAGGCCUCAUUUCAUGUAAGACUCCUACAAAAAAACUCCCUGAAUCCAAUUUGUGGUAAAAAAAACCAAAAAACAGUCAUUGAAGUCUUUUCUUGCUCCAGUUUGAGUUAAAUUAAAUGUUCCAAGUGUACAGUAAUGCUAAGAAAAACACUUCAGGUAUCUACAGUUGCAUUUCUCUUUUAUUUAGUUGGAAGCCACUUUUAUUUUUAAAAUUCCCCUUUUGAGUGACAAGUACUUAUUUAGCUAAAUCAGAUUCGAAUGGUAAUGAAUUCUACCUGGAGCCAUUAAACAAAGGAAGAAAGGUUUGGCUAAAUAAUGCUAGCUUUUAAAUUUGCAAGCUUACUGUAGCCUCUGUAUUCCCAGCAUAGCAAAUGUGGCGCAUUUUAAAUGUCCAGUUCUGUCUGCACUGACUUUGGAAUAAGUACUGUUGAUCCUGAUUUUGAUGAUGGGGUUUAAUCCUAUGCAUAUUUAAUUGGAAAUGAGAAAAAAAAUAACCUCUGUUGCCUUGAAUGUAUAAUGGUGGCUUUCGCAUGUGUAUCCUGGAUUGAAGGACUAGGCAAUGCUUCUCUUGCACACGAGUGUAAGAAGACAGAAUGCAGAAAAAACUGCUGAAUGGCUAAUGUAGAAAUACCUCUUUGUACAACCAUAAAAGCAACAGGAAUCAGAUAGCUGAGCUUAAUAAAACAAAUACUAACUUCCUCCAGCAUUUUUCAUUUUUGAAUGAAACACAAGCACAUAAAUAGUAUGGGGGAAUCGCUGAUGGAAGAUGGUGAUUAGUUUUCAUUUUAAGAGCCCGAUGUCAUAAUUUGGAGCUGCUAACAGGUGAUGUUGGAAAACAUUGCCAGGUGUGCUGUGAAAAGGGGGAGUCAACCUUCCCUUUGUCUUUCAAAUCUGUGUUUCCCAACUGUGGUGAUUACCAAUUGGGUGGACUUCCAACUCCCAACUAUUACCAGUUGGGUGGACUUCAACUCCCAGAAUUCUCCUCUCCUCAAUGGCCAUGCUGACUGUGGAAUUCUGGGAGUUGAAGUCCACACAGCUGGUAAUUGUAAUAGUUGGGAAAGACUGCUUAAAAUGAUUGGCCUUCUCUAGAGUUUGUCUGAAUUAACUAGACAAGACCCACUAUGAAAAUCCAAGAAGCAUCACAGCAAUCCUAGUCUUGUCCACUUCCCCUAAUUACAUUAGCCCAGGGGUGGGAAAUGAUGGCCCCUUUGCGACUUGUGGGCUUUAACUCCCAGAAUUCCUCAGCCAGGAUGGCUCAGUAAUUCUGGGAGUUGAAGUCUACAAGUCAUACAGGGCCCAUCAUUUCCCACCUCUGCAUUAGCCGAACUGCCUACUAUUCUAAAAUAGGGAUACAAAUGAACAAUACAAAUAUGGAUACACACAGAGAUACACAUUCAGCUCUGCUAGGAAAUGAUGCUUCUCCAAAAUGGGAAGUGCUGUACUCAUAAUUAUGCUUUGUUUUUCCCUUCACAAUUUCUUCAUGCCGGGCCGAUGCUCCUUCGAGUCAGUGACUGGUUUGAUAAACUGGGAGUGAUUUCACUGUUGUCCGCAACUAGUUUGUAAUCCCUUUAUGGACUCCAAGGAAAGUCAAUGAUGUUUCCAAUAGUGCAGUAGUAUAUAUGUAGACAAAGAAUUCAGUUAGCAUCAAUUUCUUGAUUCUUUUAUCAAUCUGCCCUUGGUUUUUAUUUAUAUAUGAUAAACUGACAAAAGACCCAGAUUAUGUUACUUGUAAAAUAGGAACCUACUUUUUAAAAUGUAGUUGGAUACUCUUGUGUUUCUAUGAGUUACCCCAGAGGAAAAAAAUGACAAAAGAAGACAGAAUGGUGUGCAAACUUCAGCCUUAGGUUGCUCAGAUUCUUCUGCCAAAAAAACCAAGCAACCAUUUUAAAUUAACUUUUGGGGCGUUGUUAUGCAAAUUAGAAAGCAGCUGUAUAGCUCAAUGCUUUUUUUCCUUGCAGAUGUGUGCUGUGCUUUAGAUGUUAAGUGAAGAAACAUAUUGCAAACAUUAUUUUGGCCAAAGCUAGCCUGUUUGUAAAGCAAGAAGUCAGCUAUUAAGAUCUAGAUUAGAAUAUACAGUAGGUUAAAAUCCAGGACAAAAUAUCGGUGGACUUGCAGAUGGCUAACAUUUCUUAUGCAGGCUGCAUUUUUUUCAGUCUUCAGAAUGCACACUUAAAAGGCCAGAUUGCUUCCUUAUAUACACAAUUAAUAGGAUUGUACAUGUCAUAUUUUUAGAUUAAAUUAAAAAAUAAUAAAAGGAGGAAUCAAGAUUAGGAGAGUUAUCCCAGUCAUGCUGCUUUUUUAUUUAUGAAUUCCUUGACUUGGGAGAAAGAAGGGAAAAAAAAUCUCCAAAUGAAAUUCUCCCAUUGUUGGAAACUAUUCCGGUAUAUUCCAGUAGUUCUUCAGAAAGGUAUUACUGGGGGAUCCUUCACUUGGACCUUUCUGUUGGAUUUGUAUGAAGACAUGCAUCUAAAUUUCCUCCGUGGAGCACGGCACUCAAAUAAAUAAUGAAAAAAAUGUUUCUGUUACCUUCCCAGCAUUUUUCACUGUGAAAGAGGUGUUCUGGUCAACAGAACGGUAACUUAAGCUCUUCAAUUGUGGGAACUGAUAAUGACAAUUUACCUCCCAUGUUUGCAGAAACAUAAUUGCUAAUGUGUUCCACACCUUUACUAGCAUAAAAUAGGAAGAAAACGGAGAUUAGGUUUGCUUGCUUAUCUCUGAGUAACUUCAGAUAAUCAGGAAGGACACCUAGAUAACCAGGUUACACUGUAUGUGGGAAUGCCUUGAUAGUGACUUGUGGUUUAGGUACACCUUGUUCAGAUAGGCGAGGACAGGUGAGGGAAUACAUUUCUAUCCUCAAAAUUGGGUUUGGUUCUUUGCAUCUCCACAUCAGCAGAUCUCUGCACAUGGAAAUCCUAUUUAUUAAA